AACCUUUGAGUUUGAAGUGAGGAACAUCACAGUUUAAACAGUACCUAUGUUACUUUUGAGUGUUUUGUCACACGCCCUUGCUCCCAAGUAUGUCCGAGACACUGAACCAGGGCGCCCCCGCACUGAAGGAGGGUAGUGUAUACACUACCCCCGCACUCAACCAGUCACCCCGUCUCUUUGUGGGGGGACUUUACGGCGAUAAAGUGGUGGAGAAGUGGGAGUUAGAGCAGGUGUUUGCACCGUACGGCGAUGUCAAGGAUAUCUGGGUUGCUAAGGACCCACCUGGUUACGCGUUUGUGGAGAUGGAGACUGUUGAAAGUGCAAGAGAGGCGAUGGCUGCGCUUAAUAAUACAGAAGCACUGGGGGUUACCAUUAGAAUCGAGCGCACGAAAGCUAAAAGUGGCAAGAAAGAAGGAGAGAGAGGCGGUCGUGGAGGUCGAAGGGGUCGUGGGAGAGGUGGGAGAGGAGGGAGAAGUGGGAGAAGCAGAGGACGUCUUUCUCAGAGGGGCUAUUUCGACGAGUGGCAGGAGGAGGAUCUGUACGACACUUCAUACCCUGCGGAGUACGAGGAAGAGAGUGAGGAGAGACCGCGCCUCUAUGUGGGAGACUUGCAGGAGGAUAUUACCAAGGAGAUGCUCCUGUCGGUGUUUGGUCCCUAUGGAGACGUCAUCGACGUCUGGAUCGCUAGGAACCCUAAGGGAUAUGCAUUUGUUGAGUUCUCUGAGCUGUACGACGCUAAGAGGGCUAUGAAAGAAUUGGACGGCGCAAAACACUUCGAGUCAACAUUUAAGAUUCAGAUCACUCACAACAGCAAAGCCAAAAAAAGAGCUGAAGCGUUUGUAGAAGUGAGGCGCGAGAGGGGAGUGAGACGGGGCGGACCACCACCACAGAGAGGCUUCCUCAGUAAACGAGCCAGGCCGACAAGACACGUAUACGAUGACGUGCAGUACUUUGCUGAGGACCAUUCCCACCGUCCGAGAAGAGAUCCUUACUACGAUGAUCCUUAUUAUGCACCAAGAGCGCGCCCGCCGCCCCACGCACCCCCUCUGGGUCUAGAAGGAAAUACAUACCCCCCGCCCAGACGGGACCCAUAUUAUGAGGAAUACUACAGCGCACCCCGCCCCCCUUAUUCUGAGGCAGAUCCUUCAUACCACCCAGCUCCAGCUAGAGACCCAUAUUAUGACGAUUACUACGCCACCCAGCCCCCUGCAAGAGCCCCCUACGGAGUUCAGCCUGAUAGGGACCCUUAUGCAGCGCCGCCAGCACCAGGAACUAGGGACCCUUAUGCAGCGCCGCCAGCACCAGGAACUGAGGCCACUCCAGCCCCCAGGCCCGCUGCUACUCCCACCGAUCCUCGAGCCAGGGACCCUUACGCUCAACCGCCACCCCUUGCUAAGGCUGCUGCAGCUCCCACUGAACCGGCCGCCGUGUAUGAGGCUAUCCUCGCAGCAACAGUGCCUGCACGAGCACCACCUCCUGCACGUGCGCCGCCUUUACCAGCUGAAACUAGAACGGUACAUCCAGCUGCACCACCACGCUCUCCUGGUGCCCGCCCUCGUCACCAGGCUUAUGAUCCGUAUACUUAUCCUUACGAAAGGGACCCUUAUUAUUCAGACCCUCGACUACUAAGAGACCCUUACGAAGAACUAGACGCUUACGGAUAUGCACGACCUCCGCCUAGGAAAGAUCCCUACGCGCCUCCAGCUAGUGCAGCAAGUGUAGAUUAUGAUCCUGUGCCGUAUGUUGCGCCGGCCCGCCCUGCAGCACGUAUAGAUCCUGUGCCGUAUGUUGCGCCGGCCCGCCCAGCAGCCGAGCGCGCAAUUAAAACAACGCCGCCAACCACCGUAGCAGACCCUUCUAUAACACCUGCAUAUCGAGCACCUGCCAAAACUGCGCCAAAAACUUCCCCUUAAUAGCAAACUUAUCUGAAUGAACGCCCGAAGACAAUUUGUAUUCCACUUGUAAGCGUAACUUAUUAACGCUGCAAAUGGAGGGAGGGGGAUCACGCCCUCAAAACCCUUAUAAUCCGGAGUUUGUAAAUUAUUUUUUAAAUAAUAUAUAUUUUGAUCUUCUUUAUCAUUUAUCGUCUACAAUUUAGCCAACUAAAAAAGUUAAAGCAAACUUUUCCACUAGAACCCGAGUCACGUGAUAACGCUGUUUUCACGGCAGUAAUUUCAUGCGACUCCCUAGCUCUACUCUCAGUAUUAGAUGAUUUUCAACCUUGAUUUAACUAUAAGUUCGCUCCAUAGAUAACGGAUUUAUUUAUAAACGAUUUAUUGCUCACUAAAUCCAGUGCUCUAUGAUAUUAAUAAUUCCUAAACUGUGAACACUUUACCAAUUACCAUGG